ACACAUUUGAAUCUGGUGUGAAUGGAGGCUCCGCCCUCUUGACCAGGUGUCGACGAUGUUAAUCAGAGUAUAAAAGCAAACUGAACAGCAGCAUCAUCAUCUCCUCCAGUCUCCUCCUGUCAUGUUGCUGAAAGGGUGUGUAAGGGUUUCUUGGGUCUGUCUGCUGUUCUUCAGCACAGCUUCAUGUUAUCCUGUGAACCAAGCAGCCUUCAAUCAUCCUCAAGCACGGAGCUGGUUCUCAGGUGGCACUAAUUCACCGUCUGAUGGCCUGAGUCAACCAGGCUCUGCUGUUGGCCAGAAUCCUCCACCUGCUGUCUUCUAUCUUCCUGGUGUCCCAUCCAAAGGUGUAGGUCAAGUUCAGCCUCCACCCAGCCCAGGGAAGACACCAGAGGUUCAGUCUGGUUCUACCUCCAAUGAAGGUUCUCCAGGUGUUCCUCAGCCUGCAGAUUCUGCUUCGGUGUACGUUGGUUACAACUAUGGCUCCCACUAUGCUGCAGCCCCUGACGGUGGUCAACCUGAACCUGACGCUGCUGAGAACACAGACAGUGCAGAACCAGCAUCUCCUGAAGUCCAGCAGCCACAGGAUGAAGGUGGGGCUGGAGUUGUUGACGUGAACAGCUGGUUUCUGUCUCGUCCCUUCCCGGACUUCACAGUUUGGGAUUCCAGUCCUGUAGGAGCAGCAGAGUUUGUGAGUGAGACGUCUCCUCCUCUACCUUCAUCCUACAUCAUCCAGUCCAACAGUGGUUACCAGCGGCUACGAGAGUUCCUCUCCCACACAAAGUACACUCCAGACUACUACAUUCCAGUUGACAGUGAACCACCAGUCCUCCCUCCUGCUGACCCCUCCAGUAAAGCUACUCCUGAUGUGAAAGGAACUCCAUAGAGGAGAAUGGAAGGGUGACCUUUGACUUUUUUGGCACCAUGUGAUUCAGAAAUAAAAGCUUAAACAGAA